AUGGACAAUCAUAGAUCUCCUCGUAUCGAGCAUAGCGCUAGUGACAGCCAUGCUGGGCCCCGGAAGUACAUGAGCAAAGGUCGCCGCGCCUGCGAUUUUUGCCGUUCGAGAAAGUCCGCAUGUCAGAUAGAAGUUGCUCCGCCAUGUCGUAUGUGCAGAGCCCAUGGACAACGAUGUGAAUUCACUGAUCGAGUGGUGCGCAAGAAACGGCGGAUAGCGCAACCGGAAGGUGGUGAACAUGUGGCAGCAUGGCAGCAAGCCCCCCGGCCAUCCGAUACAGACCUGCUGUGGCCGCAAAGUCUAGAUUUUCUGUCGAUGUCACUGCCGGAAAGUGGCUUCCCUCAUGUGCUAUCUGCUGAAGAUCGCAGCAUGUUAGGCGUAGGAUCGAACCAGGAAUCAAACGAUCAGCUCCAUGGUGCUUUUGUAUCUGGCCCAGAGAAUGCGGACCAAUUCACGCUAGAUGACCUCAUGUUGGGUAUAUACGGGGGGAAAACGCCGUCUGAUAUUUAUCAAGGGACAGGAGACGGCCACAACUCUCUUGAUCAUGCUACUCUGACAUCUCAAUUAUGCGGAUUGACUGGUGAUAUGGAUCCAUAUGUUUUGCGCCACUAUCAAUUCAACGACAAGUCCGAGUUCGCGUUUUCGAAGCUUGCCAUUCGCAGAGUAGAGGAAGGGCGAGUUCCUGUGCAAUUCAUGCUAUCAAAACCAGAACUCAGUGCCGAUUCACGGUCCCAGACAGACCUCCGAAAUGGAUCCCAUGCGAGCGAAACCCCAUCGCGGUCGGAUGAAAUCGUGCCGCAGGAAGUUGGAGAACGAUUGAUUGAACUCUUUUUUCGUUUCAUAAAUCCGCAAUUUCCAGUUUUAUCAGAGACAAAUAAGCCAAGUCCCCAGACUUCGCCGACUCAUCUAUUAGCAGCAAUUUACUCUAUUACUCAGCCUUUUACUCUCUUCGACGACUACUUAUCUAUCGAACUGGCGUACAGUCCACCGUCACCGCAAACUCUAACUAAUAUUGCAUGGCGUUCUCUCAACGACGAAAUCUCUGAACCAACCAUUCGUUCUGUGCAAACGUCGCUCAUUUUGCUAUUACAGCCCUGCAAAAAUCCACUUCUGCUUGAAAGCCCUCUGAAAUGGUCACUACUCGGCUUAACAGUUUCAAUGGCGCAAACCCUGGGGCUUUACCUAGACCCGACCGCCUGGAAUCUACCUGCUGAAGAAAUUGAGACUAGAAAAAGGUUAUCCUGGCUAGUCUGGUCAGUUGAUAAGUGGCUUGCAUUUUCUCUGGGCCGGCCAAAUCAUAUAUCGAGAAACGACUGGCUCAUCACUGACUUGAAUCCGUCGAAUGAUGCGACUGACCAUAGCAAUGAAUCCUACGCCACGCAUUUCGCUAAACUUACCAAUAUUUUAGACACUGUUUUGACGGAAUUAUAUUCUGUACGAUCAGUGUCCAUUCUUGCUACUGAUUCUCAAAGGACCAUUUCCACGGCGCGCCCUAUCAUGCAAACUCUCGAUGAAUGGCACAAAUCUUGUUCUUCUCAGAUUGACAUUGCACAUAAUCAAAACGAUGCGGAUCUUUCUAACGGCUCAGCUUCGCUUCACAUCGCUUUUCAUGCCGUGAGGAUACUGGUUUUCCGUGCAUUGUUGCGGCCAUUCAACCAAUUGAAUUCGAGGCUCACUCCAGAUGGUGAAAACUCAGAAGAGUGGCUCGCUGCACGAACCCAAAUUCGCCGGAGUGCCCUUGCUGAAGUGACUUCGAUACUCAAUUUGAUAUCAUCGUUCAGGCAGGAGCACUAUCAAGCUUUUUGGGCACCAUGGUCCAAAACAUGCUUUGCGCUCGUAACAAACCUUCUACUCCUGUUAUCGGUGACUUCCGAUCGUGGUACCGGAAGCUCAGAGAUGUCACAACAGCCGUCGCCUGAGGAGACCGCAGUCAACGAGUAUAUGGAAUGUCGACAAGUGCUUGAUCGGGCACGAGCCAUAUUCAGACUACAUGCAAAGACGCUUGAUAUGAUCCGGUUUGCUCUUUUGCGUAUUGAUGCUGUUUUCUGGAUUGGCUGGGAGCGGGUUCUGGGUUAUAAGUGA